AGAUCAAUCGCAAGGGCGAUUAUCACAUCCGCGGUGUUUAGUGACUUGCCUGACGAGUCGCUCAGCGAGCAGUCAUCCAGCCCUCUUGCUUUCCGGGCCAACUCCAGCAUUGCAAGAGGAGGAGAGGACGCAACAAUCUCGAACGCCGACGCGUGA